AUGACAGGACAAUAUAGUCAUAAUAAAUAUCCCUUUUGCAGCACCAAGGUAAAUCAUCCUAGUGUGAAAUGGAUACUUCCUAUAGUUGCUAUUAUAAUUUCUAACUUUGGAAGUUGCACAGAGACUAUAGCUCCACCAGCUCCGUUUCAGUGUAAAACUUACGAGAAGUUAUGCGGAGCAUCGCCUGACAGGUUGGGUCAAAUAUUAAUGGAUUCAGAUAUUAUUAAUGCGACAGUGUCUAAGUUGCAAAAUGCAGUACGAAUCCCAACUGAGACGAUAUACUGGCAGCCAGACUCUGCGCAGAACGUUAAAGCGUCUGAUUGGGGCUCGUUCAAGAAAAUGCAUCAACAGUUAGCAGAUGAUUUCCCUACUAUCUGGUCGAACCUACACGUUGAAACAGUAAAUACUUAUGGUUUAUUAAUUACAUGGGAUGGGUUAGAUCAACAGUUAGAACCAUUGUUGUUUUCAGCUCACAUGGAUGUUGUGCCUGUUGACCAAUCUACAUGGGACGAGUGGCAGCAUCCACCGUUCAGCGGUGAUAUAUCCUAUGACAGUGAACAAGGUCCAUUAAUUUGGGGCCGUGGCUCUUUUGAUGACAAGAAUAUGAUGAUCGGAAUAUUGCAAGCUAUAGAGCAGACAUUACUUGAUGAGCCUUAUUUUUUGCCAACGCGAUCUGUAAUAGUGGCCCUUGGUUUCGAUGAAGAGACCGGAGGCAAAUACGGAGCAGCUGCCAUAAACGACCUUUUACUAAAAAGGUAUGGGCAGAAUGGUAUUUAUGCAAUUGUUGACGAAGGUAUGAAUGGGAUCAUAGAGGUGGAUGAUGUGUUAAUUGCCACACCUGCAACUUCUGAGAAGGGUCAACUUAAUCUUUGGUUCAACAUAAUAGCUCCUGGGGGGCAUUCCUCUGUACCUCCAGAACACACUGCAAUCGGCAUGGCGGCGCAGCUUAUCCGCAGCAUUGAGGAGGCAGAACUUCCAAUGUUCUUUACAGAGGAAAAUCCCGCCACACAAGCAUUCAGAUGCAUUGCAGAACACUCAACUUCAAUGUCAAGGAACUUGAAGUGGGACUACGCGAACGCUAUGUCUAACUCCAAAUCUAGGAAGCGUAUUAUGGAACACAUCAUCCAACAGGGUGGUAGACAAGCAGAGUAUUUAUUGAAAACUUCGAAAUCCGUCAAUUUAAUAGAGGGCGGCUUCAAAGGAAAUGCAUUACCUGAUUCUGUGAGGUUUUAUGUCGAUACCAGACUUGCCAUGGAAUCAACUGUUAAUGAUACAAUUGAUUACUAUACUGUUUUGGCACUUGACGUUGCUGACAGGUUCGAUUUAGGAUUACAGGUUAUGGAUAACGUAUUACUCGCCCCAACAGAAAAAGGCAAUAUUAUAAUAUCUGGUCGUGGUAAGGAGCCAUCUCCAGUAUCCCCAGAAAAUGACGUUUGGGGAGAAUUUGUCGGCGCAUUGAGAGGCCUAUACGAAGACGUCGUGAUACCAUUAAAAUUUAAUGCUACUCGUGAGUUAGUAGUGGCACCUUCCAUCGUUAAUAUAGGUACAGAUUCGACUAACUACUGGAAGUUGACGGAAAACAUCUACCGCUUUCAACCAGGGUUUGCAUCCGCUAACACUAUGUCAACUGUUCAUUCAGUAAAUGAACAUGUGAACGUUGAAACGGUUAUGCAUGUUGUCGCCUUUGUGUACAACUAUAUUCAUGCAAUCUAG